GAGGAUGACUGGUGAUCUUCUGAAGGCUUUUAGCCUCUGAAUACCAUAGUCUAAUCCCACUGUUUCGUUGGUUACCUUUGUUCUUAGUUAAUUUCAGACAAAACAAGAGUUCAUGAAGCCUCUGAAGCUGUUCUGCAUAGGACUGCUCUUGUGCCCUCUGGUCUGUCUCUUGUUAGAGACAGCUCCUCCUCCUUCAGCUUUACUUACCCUUGAAGUGAAAGAAAAAACAGGAUUGAAAUCAGAUGCAAUGGGAGUAUUUGCUAUUAGGAAGAAUACUUCUGACAUCAACAGACAAGUCUCAGGACUCCAGAGGCCAUGGAUGACCAAGUUUAAAAAUCACCUGUCAGAUUUCUUCAAGAGCUCCAUCCCUCCAGCAGCUAUUUUUGCUCUUUUUGUCACCACAGCAAUAAUGAGGGCAGCCAUAGUGAAUAAAAGACUUGAAGAGCCUCAUAGACAAUGGACAAUUGACCAGAGAAGUUCUCUUGAAAUGCAGAAUAUGAAUCUAAUCAAGCUUUUUGGUGGGUGAACCAGUCCACUGAAGAACUAGAAGACUUAAUGGGGGAAGUGUGGUAUCUGACUCAACAGAUUCCACGAGCUGGAGAAUGUGUUAUAUGCUUAAAAUGAGAUUAAAUCAUUUUUCCAUCUUAAAUCCUGUUUUAAUUUUUCCUUUUGAAAGAUGCAUAAUAAAAACAUAAAUAGCUUU